UGUGUGGGAAGGAGAGGGUGCUUGGGCUUUAUUUCUCGGCCAACUGGUCGCCACCGUGUAGGAUGUUCACCCCCACACUCAGCAGUUUCUACGAGUCGCUGAAAGAUGGUAGCACGGCGAGCAAAGAUCACCUGGAGAUAGUGCAGGUUAGCUGGGAUAAGGAUAUCGAGGGCUACACGGAGUCGACCCAGUCAGCGCCCUGGUUGAGUCUGCCAUUUAAUCAGAGGGACCGACAG